CCACCCAAAAACAGAAUCUACUGCCCAUCAAAAACUCCCAAAACAAACCACAUAGACUCUCUCUCUCUCUCUCUCUCUCUCACAAAGCAUUUCAUUUCCUUAACCAAUUGAAUUGGCUGUAUAGCCAGUUCCAAAGCUUACAUUCUCUCCAAAGUCUUUCUGAGUUUUAAACACCUGCAGCAGAGUGACAGAGAGUAAAACAAAGAUAGCUUAGAACUCGGCGAGACAGUAACAACACCCCCUACUUCUCUUCUUCCACUUCUGCCUGUUGUUUCCCUUAUAAAUAACUAACUGUUUCUCUGUCAAAGUUUUCUAAAGGGUAAGUGAGGAUGCUAGAGAAAAAAAUGGAAGGAAUUAACACUAAUAAAGUGAUAGAGGAAUUUGAAGCAUUGACUAAAGAUGCUGGAAGGGUUCAGAGAGAAACUCUGGAGAAGAUUUUGGAAGAGAAUGGAUCUGCUGAGUAUUUGCAGAAUUUGGGUCUUAAUGGAAAGACUGACCCUGAGAGUUUCAAGUCUUGUGUUCCUCUUGUUACUCACAAAGACUUGGAAGCUUAUAUUCACAGAAUUGCUGAAGGUGAUUCUUCUUCCAUUCUCACCGGGAAACCCAUAACAGACAUGUCUUUGAGUUCUGGCACUACCCAGGGGAAGAGAAAGUUUGUACCUUUCAACGAUGAAUUGAUGGAAAACACCUUGCAGAUAUAUAGAACUUCUUUUGCUUUCAGAAACAGAGAAUUUCCACUGGAGAAGGGGAAAUCCUUACAGUUUGUCUACAGCAGCAAGCCAUGGAAAACAAAAGGGGGUUUAGGUGCAGGAACUGCCACGACAAAUCUCUUCCGCAAUUCGAAAUACAAAAGUGGAAUGAAGGCAAUUCAGUUCCAAUGCUGCAGCCCUGAUGAAGUAAUAUUUGGUCCUGAUUUCCACCAAUCACUAUACUGCCAUCUCUUAUGCGGGCUACUCUUUCGCGAGGAAAUUCAAUUUGUGUUCUCUACAUUUGCUCAUAGCAUUGUCCUUGCAUUCCUUACAUUUGAACAAGUCUGGGAGGAGCUCUGCAAUGAUAUACGUGAAGGGGAACUAAGCAGCCGAGUCACUGCCCUUUCUGUAAACAUGGCAAUGCAGAAACUGCUUAGGCCAAACCCUGAAUUGGCUGAUUUAAUCUAUAAAAAAUGCUCAGGAUUGAGUAAUUGGUAUGGUUUAAUACCAGAAUUAUUCCCCAAUGCUAAGUACAUCUAUGGGAUAAUGACAGGGUCAAUGGAGCCUUAUCUGAAGAAAUUGAGGCACUAUGCAGGGGAGCUGCCAUUGAUGAGUGCUGAUUAUGGUUCUUCAGAAGGGUGGAUUGCAGCGAAUGUCAAUCCAAAAUUGCCUCCUGAGUUGGCUACCUUUGCUGUACUUCCUAAUAUUGGAUAUUUUGAAUUCAUUCCUCUUCUGGGCAACGCUGAGUGCAUGUAUAAGGAGCCCAAGCCAGUGGGUCUGACUGAAGUCAAGAUUGGCGAAGAUUAUGAGAUCGUCGUCACCAAUUUUGCAGGGUUGUACAGGUACAGGCUGGGAGAUGUGGUGAGGGUUAUGGGCUUCCAUAACUCAACCCCAGAGCUUAAAUUUGUAUGCAGGAGGAACCUUAUUCUUUCCAUAAACAUUGAUAAGAACACCGAGAAAGAUUUGCAGCUAUCUGUGGAAGAAGCUGGCAAGCUGUUAGCUGAGGAAAAACUUGAAGUAGUUGACUUCAGCAGUCUGGUUGAUGUAUCCACACACCCUGGCCACUAUGUUAUCUUUCUGGAAAUUAGUGGCGAAGCUAGCGAGGAGGUCUUGCAAGGGUGUUGCAAUUGCUUGGACGGAUCCUUUGUUGAUGCAGGCUAUGUCAGUUCACGAAAGUUCAACACCAUUGGACCCCUCGAGCUCCGAGUCGUUUGGAGAGGAACCUUCCUGAAGAUUUUGGAGCACUACCUAGGAUUAGGAACUGUUGUUAGUCAGUUUAAAACACCGCGUUGUGUUGGGCCCAUGAACAACAAGGUGCAGCAAAUCCUGUGUAAUAACGUCGCUAAGACCUACUUUAGCACCGCGUUUUAGUGAAUAUCUGUGAACUGCGCUUUGGUAAUUGCCUCUUAAUAUAGUUAUAAUCUAUGUAAGAAAGUUUGCUGGAGCAGCCAAA